UGUAUCUCCUGUUUAGACGACGUUCUACCGCGGAAAGCCGCAAAGCUCGAUUGUAGCCACCAUAUGUGCAACUCUUGCUUGAAACGGGUCUUCAACUUAUCUAUCACCGAUCCCUCUCUGAUGCCCCCGAAGUGCUGCACGGACCGCCUCAUCCCCUUACGACAUGUCGCACCCCUCUUCGAUGAUCCGUUCAAGCGGAAGUGGAACCGCAAGUAUCAAGAAUAUACGACCAAAAAUCGAAUGUACUGCCCGAAGAAGGGGUGUGGGGAGUGGAUUAAACCCAACCACAUCAAAUCGGAUGGCGCUACGGGCCGUCAAUAUGGCACAUGUAAGCGUUGCGGGAUGAAGGUCUGCCGGAUCUGUAACCAGAAAUGGCACGGUAGGAAAGAUUGUCCCAAUGACGAGGAGACAAAGAGAGUGGUCGACCUGGCCAAAGAGGAGGGCUGGCAACGGUGUUACAAUUGCAAGACCAUGGUAGAACUUCGGGAGGGCUGCAACCAUAUGACAUGUCACUGCACGGCUGAAUUCUGCAUGAUAUGCGGUUUGAAAUGGAAAACGUGCGAUUGU